AAUUUCAUAAAAUUUAAACUCUUGCAAUUGCUAUAUUUCCAGAUAUAUGUGCGAGGGUGUGCAGCACUAUAACGAGUAUCAACAUUGAUUUAUGUUGUACUUGAAAUAACAGAAGCAGUCUCACUUUAGUGCAUGAACUUUACACACGCUGCCUUGCAGUCUAUCAAGGUCAGACUUAGUCUUCUAGGUGAUACUGAACAGUGAAAAUGGCUGAAAAAGAGCUUGUGCUGACCACACUUUCAUCCAUUCUUCACGUGAGGCCAGAAGCCAUAGAUACGAGUAAAGGUUUACCAGAGAUAGGCCUUAAUUCACUCCAUGUAGCGCAAUUCAUUAUAGCAAUGAAGAAAAAUCACUACGUUAUAUCACUUGGAGACAUUAUCACAGAAAGGCUGACUAUUAAUGACAUUGUGUCCCUUUUGGAAAGGAAUGCUAUGAAAGAUAACCCAUACCCUAAAGGGAAUGUUACAUCUGAAACAGAAAACACAUUCAAGCAAUUUUCAAGAAUUUUUGCAGAAUCUAAUAAUUUCAUUGUAGUCUCAUUGAAUGAUUGUCCAGAUAGGGAUCAUGGCAAGCAGUUGACCUUAACUGCCUUCACAGAAACCCAUCCAUGGAUAAGUCCAUUAUAUAACCAUGAUGAAAUUACAAAGCUAUUAAACAAUUGCUGGACUAGUGGUAUACUAGAGAAAAAUAUCUCUGUAGCAGCAGUUGACAAAACCACACAGAAAAUGGUUGCAUGUUGCAUCAAUGCAAAUUUUGCUACAUUUCAACAGGAUCUUGGUUUAACAGAAGAACAAAGUUUCUCUGAUGGUUUUCUUUUGCUUCAAGAUUUAAUAGAGAUGAAAGGAAAACUGGAACCGGCAACAUUAGGACGGUAUGGAGGGAAUUGGAUGUAUCAAUAUUCAUUUGCAGUUGAUCCUAAUCUUAGUGUUGGGGAGAAGCUGGAAGUCUCUAAGGUUCUGUUGGAGGGGAUACCUGUAUUAGCCAAAGAGAAGGGAUUUGUUGGGGUAGCAGCCAAAAAUGCCAACCCUAUCACUUGUUUACUAGAUGAGGAAGACCCAAAUGUUGAAUGUGUUGAUUCUAUUCAAGUGAACCAAUACACACGUCCAGAUGGAACACAACCUUUUAAACAUCUACCAGACAUUGAGCGCGUCACAAGUACAGUAUACAAAUUCUAAUGUGUCACUACCAGUAACACAGUAGAAGUAUAGACUUUGACUGAGCAACUAGAACUGUAUAUUAUGAACAACUAAAUUUUUUUCAACAUGUGACAGACUAUAUACAAGGUGUCAAAAGUGCAAUAUAUAAACUAUGUUCGAAUGUUUUAAACAACUUUGUUUUGCAUCAGAACUGUUUUUACACAAUUCUAACUUUAGCCAUUGCAUAAAGCAAUUGCAUAGUCCCUAGAAAUCAACACAUUAAGCCAGGAAUAGUCUUUGAAUGUGCUGCAAUAUAAUAUAAACUUAAAUUGUAAUAUAUUAUAAAAUAUUUUGCAGUUUAUUUCAAUGGAGUCAUUUCUUAUUUACCAAGGAGGAUACUUCUAGCCUCUGAGUGGCUCAAUUUGAAAUAAAGAGACAUUUGCUAUCCCCUACAAGACUGAAGACUACACAACUCAUGAAAUUUUUAUUGUUUUUUAUUUUUGUUUGGUAAACUCUUCAAAUGUCUAUUUGUACAAAUACAAAAGCAUUAAUUUUAAUUUGUUUAUUUAAAAACAUGUAUAUGUACAAAAGUACACAUACCAAUCCAGUCAGGUAACAUGCAAUUAUUAAACAAUAAAUCUAUAC